AUGCACCUACGGCAACAGCCGCCGCCGCCAAGUUCCCCCCCGCAAUGUACCCCGCUGACGUCAACAUCCUGGAACCUCACAACAUCGACACUUGUUGAGAACAACUUGUCACUGCGCCCAGCCAAACCGAAGAACGAAGACGUACUGCAAGAGCUGAGACUCGACAAAUAUUGUAAUGGCGCUACGGCGUCAAUACAUCCUUCUAUAUCUGUUCUCGGAAGCAGACUAAGUCGCUGUUCACAGACAUAA